AUGAGCCUUCAAAGCCACAUCGAUCGAGACAGCAACCCGCCUGUGGGUGAGGUCAAUGCGCCUUCGAAAGAAGAUAUCCUCCAUCAUCUCCGUGGCCUGCAAGAAGAUACACACUUUAGAGAAUUGUUCCUCUACAACGGAUGGUAUGGCGCGCAGUUCCCGAAAAUUGAGAAGCUAUUCGACCUAGACAGCCUGACCGGCAUGUGGAUCGAAAGCGCCAACCACGUCUGCAACGGCACUGCGCCCGUCUUCCUCGUGCCAGAUUCUUGGCAGCACUGGCUCACCUCGGCCAUCUUCCUCGAGGAGCUUCUGCUCUACACACACAAGCGCUGGUUUCGCCCCUACGAGAGCGACAUUGACAGAGGUCAGUUCCUCACCAAGGUCUGCAGCCUGCCACAGUCGCCGGCCUCGCCCACCGAGGCCUGCUCACAGGAGAUGGCCGACUACAUAACGAUGUAG